UACACAAUCUAGAACGUUGGCAGGCGAAUCACAUACAACAGGAAACGCAUAGAACUCUUUUCAUGAGGAAGCCAUUUUUUCCAAGUUGAGAUCUGACAAACCGUCUCACACAGACAAGCAGAUCAUUCUGACUUCAGUUUUUUAUUUUCUCUUUGAUUUUUACUUUUGUAAUGGUCGUUACCAUUUAAAAUUUAUAUUUUGAUGAGCUUUCUUUUAAAGUCAUACUUUCUGUUGAGAAGCUGAAGACAACACCAUGUUGUCGGCAGGAGCUGAAUGUGUGUUCAUGGGUUUGUUCCUGUACAUCUCAGGGGUUGGAGCAAACAGCAUCUGUGCCUUAAAAGGUUCAUCAAUGGAUCUACACUGCUCAGCUCAACUUCCCACAUCAAGCAUGAAAUGGUUCAACGUUCACUGGGAGAGCAACAAGAUGGUUCACGUUCAGAUCUUUGCAGACGGAAAACGUGUGAUCAUAUCUGAAGAGAGCAACUUCACUAUGACAAUCAAUGAUCUGAGAGAGAGUGAUACAAACACUUACUGUUGUAGUGACGCUAAUGACAAACAAUCUAAAUGCCAAGGGAAAGAAAUUCAGCUCGAUGUUGCAGACCUGCAGGUGGAGGUGUUUCCUGUCACAGGAGAAAAGACAGUGUCCCUGAUCUGCAACAGCAGUUGUCCUCUGACUGAAAGACCUGUGGUCUAUAUCUGGUACAAGAACACAGAGUUUCUCUAUGAGGACUCGUCUCCUUGGUACCAGGAGCUAAUCAGCAGCGAGGAAUCAGUCACAUACUCCUGUGCUGUCAAAGGCUACAAGCAUCUCAGAGCCCCUGAAGUCUCAGUGGAUUCUCUCACAUCAGCCUGCUUCACUGUGACCUAUGCUAAAGGCAGAAUGUGCUCAAAUCAGCAGAGACCAGAAGAUGAGCCGUGCUCCAUCACAUAUCCCAGAGAAGUUCAUGUUCAAAAGACUAAAGAAAGUGCGUAUGUCAAACUGGCCUGUAACACCAGCUGUCCACAGCAGCAAACUCAAAACAUCACAUGGUACAAAAACAGACAAUUGGAGGAGGCACCACAACCAGUUCUCAUCACCUCUGCUGAAUCUUACUCCUGUGCUGUAGAGCACUUGUUCUCAGAUGAGGUCUGUAUUCAGGAUCUAAACUGCAUCACAGUGAAUUAUGUCGACAGGAGGAUCUGUGCUCUGCAAGGUUCCUCAGUGAACAUCUCCAGUGAAUACUCACAUCCAAAGAACCAGCAAGCGAAUUCUUUAUUGUGGUAUAAGGAUUGGAGAAGUGAUAUGGCGGCUGGUGAAGAACUGAUAAGGAAUACACAUCGUAUUAAGUUUCAUGAAGUGAUGAACAUCCACAUCCUGACAAUCAAUAAACUAAACAAGAAUGACUCAGCAGAAUACAUAUUCAGAAUAAGAAGUGAUGAAGGGAGAUGGUCGGCUGUUCCUGGGGUGACUUUGGUCGUCACAGAAGAAGCUUGUUCAGGAACGUCUUUAUCAACUGACCAAUCUCAUCUUUCAGAUCUGAGAGUGAAGUUUAGUCCUUCUGAGGAGGUGACCGAGGGGCAGAGAGUCACGCUGACCUGCAGCACCAGUUGUCCUCUGACAGACAACAUGAACUACAUUUGGUACUUGAACAAUCAACCUCUGAAUCUGACAAAAACACAAAGCAAGUACCUGGUUCUAGACCCCGUCAGCAGUGAACAUGAAGGAAACUACUCCUGCAAAGUUAAAAUGCUUCAAAAGAGCUCUCAUCAAAAGAUGCUCACUGUCCACAGAAGAAGAAAAUGGACUCAAGCCGCCAUAAGAAUCGUUGUUCUUCUCCUGGUUGUAAUACCCAUCUCCAUCUUCUUCUGGAUUAGAAGAAAGAAGAUUUCCAUCCAGUCUCCUAGAACUGAAACCUCUGUCAACUUGGAGGAGACCAUUCUGACUUCAGUCUUUUAUUUUCUCUAUGAUAGAUUUUUACCAUUUAAAAUUAUUAUUUUUGAUGAGCUUUCAUUUAAAGUCAUACUUUCCGUUGAGAAGCUGAAGACAACACUUGCCAUGUUGUCUACAGGAGCAGAAUGUGUGUUCAUGGGUUUGUUCCUGUACAUCUCAGGGGUUGGAGCAAACAGCAUCUGUGCCUUAAAAGGUUCAUCAGUGGAUCUACACUGCUCAGCUCAACUUCCCACAUCAAGCAGGAAAUGGUUCACUGUUCGAUGGGAGAACAACAAGAUGGUUCCAGAUCAGAUCGUUGCAGACGGAAAACAUGUGAUCAUAUCUGAAGAGAGCGACUUCACUAUGACGAUCAAUGAUCUGAGAGAGAGUGAUACAAACACUUACUGUUGUAGUGACGUUAGUGAAAAACAAACAAAAUGCGAUGGGGGGGAAAUUCAGCUCCUUGUUGCAGACCUGCAGGUGAAGGUGUUUCCUGCCACAGGAGAAAAGACAGUGUCCCUGAUGUGCAACAGCAGUUGUCCUCUGACUGAAAGACCUGUGGUCUAUAUCUGGUACAAGAACACAGAGUUUCUCUAUGAGGACUUGUCUCCUUGGUACCAGGAGCUAAUCAGCAGCGAGGAAUCAGUCACAUACUCCUGUGCUGUCAAAGGCUACAAGCAUCUCAGAGCCCCUGAAGUCUCAGUGGCUUCUCUCACAUCAGCCUGCUUCACUGUGACCUAUGCUAAAGGCAGAAUGUGCUCAAAUCAGCAGAGACCAGAAGAUGAGCCGUGCUCCAUCACAUAUCCCAGAGAAAUACAUGUUCAAAAGACUGAUGACAGCUGGCAUGUCAAACUGGCCUGUAACACCAGCUGUCCACAGAUGGAAGCUCAAACCAUCACAUGGUACAAAAACAGACGAUCUGAUCAGGAACCACAACCAGUUCCCAUCACCUCUCCUGACUCUUACUCCUGUGCUGUAGAGCACUUGUUCUCAGAUGAAGUUUGUAUUCAGGAUCAAAACUGCUUCAGAGUGAAUUAUGUCAACAGGAGGAUCUGUGCUCUGCAAGGUUCCUCAGUGAACAUCUCCAGUGAAUACUCACAUCCUUCCUACCAGCAGCCGAAGUAUAAAUUGUGGUAUAAGAGUAGGAGAAGUGAUAUGGCGGCUGGUGAAGAGCUGAUAAGGAAUACAGAUCGUAUUCCGUUUCAUGAACUGAUGAACAUCCACAUCCUGACAAUCAAUAAACUAAACAAGAAUGACUCAGCAGAAUACAUAUUCAGAAUAGGAAGUGAUGCAGGGAAAUGGGCGGCUGUUCCUGGGGUGACUUUGGUCGUCACAGAUCUGAGAGUGAAGUUUAGUCCUUCUGAGGAGGUGACCGAGGGGCAGAGAGUCACGCUGACCUGCAGCACCAGUUGUCCUCUGACGGACAACAUGAACUACAUUUGGUACUUGAACAAUCAACCUCUGAAUCUGACAAAAACACAAAGCAAGUACCUGGUUCUAGACCCCGUCAGCAGUGAACAUGAAGGAAACUACUCCUGCAAAGUUAAAAUGCUUCAAAAGAGCUCUCAUCAAAAGAUGCUCACUGUCCACAGAAGAAGAAAAUGGACUCAAGCCGCCAUAAGAAUCGUUGUUCUUCUCCUGGUUGUAAUACCCAUCUCCAUCUUCUUCUGGAUUAGAAGAAAGAAGACUUCCAUCCAGUCUCCUAGAACUGAAACCUCUGUCAACUUGGAGGAGAUAAGCCCUGGUCAUGUAUACGAGAACAUCUCAGCUCAACCAACAGAGGAGGAUGAUAUUCUCUAUAGCAUCAUCCGAUUUCCCAACAACAGAGAUGCUCUCUACUCACAGAUCCAGCCACAUCAGCCCCAAGAAGAAGAGCAAAGCCCCUAUGAUGUUGUCAGCUUUACACCCAAAACAACACCUGAGUAAACAUUGUCUACAAUUGCAUUUCUAUUUCCACUUUCAGGCAAACUGGCCUGUCAGACGACCUCUAAAAUGAAUACAUUGCUAUAAACAAAGGCCUAUUUUUCUAUCUGAUAUUUCCCCCUCCAUUAAAUAUAUCUGAUGGUAUCUCUGUCACGACGAGAACAACAACACUACAAACACUCAAACAAGCAUGCUGGGCCAGAAGGUGGCGAUAAAGUCGAGGAUCAACAAUCCACCAAACAAGGACAUUUUCCAUUUUGUAAAAGAUCAGCAUUAGCAUGGACAAGGUGACGUAUGGAACAUGAUAAUUCUUCCUGUCAUUAUCUCUGCAUUGCACUUACUGUACGUUGAUGGGCAUCAGUUCGCUCUGCAGCUUCCUGUGUUUGCACAUCUCCAGCUUCUUGAUGCCUCAACAGCACAUUUGAGAGCCCUGACAAACAGUCACCGCUUGUUUUAGGAAGCAAGAAGAUGAAGUUUCAGUGACCAGUCUGUUAAAACUACAUAACUGACUGGUACUCUUCACUGUGCAUCAACAAUCCGUAAAGAAAUAAUACUACUUCUAUGAAAUGUCUGGAGCUUGAGUCAAUCGAGGUAACAACACAAUGUUCUGUACCGCUAUUGAUUAUCCUGCAUGAUACAAAAUACCCACGUUUCCGACACACGGUGGCGAUUCUAAAGUCUACUGGGGCCCAAAGCAAAAAUUCCCAGGGGGCCUGUCAAACAGCGUUAGUCACAAUAUGUUAUAAAUUAUCUUACAUCAACAAAAGGUACUAAGUGUAAACAGUUAUUUAAUUUCAAAUUUUUCACUAGUACCAAGAUAUUUUCCCCAAAACUAAAACAAGAACAUUCCAAACCUUCAAAUUUUCUGAAUAUAAAUAUAAACAUCAUUAAAAACAUCAACGAAUAAACGCCGUAAAUGUAACGCUAGCUUAAAUUUAAGUGUAUCUCCCAUUAGCCAAUGCUAAUGACAGAAUUCAGUUAAUUUUAAGCCUCACUUACCACGGCCGUGCUUUCUCCAGCGAGAUAUUUUAUACACUUCUUAGAAAUUAAUAAAACCUUUAUAAAUGGUUGGUGAAGGUUAACAAUACAGGCUGGUUUACCAGAUCAGACAUCUCCUAGCUAAAAAUGCUAACUAAUCUCUAGGCCAAUGGCUAAUAAUAGUUAUAUUACUUCUUUCUCUAACAUUAGAUUAAGAUAAAGAACUUUUAAAAUAAACUGUUGUUGUUCAUAUUUACUUGGGUAACAACAGAUCUCGCGCUGCAGGAAGCUAACGUACGGUUCUUUGAAAAAGAGAAAAAUACUCACCCAACAGGAAGUGACUUGUUGGCGCCUGUUUUCAGUGACUGCUAACUCUAACCAUGUUGGCUAAUGGUCGUCGCUAAAUGUCCCUGAAGUCAAAGACACAGAAAACAGAAUGAAAGUCGAGUAGUUCUUAUUAAACAUUUACUAGCUGGAUGUUGCUGCGCUAGCUAAAGAGCUAAAUCUUUUCAUGCUAAGAUGGGACUUUUGUGAAGUCAUGCUAGCAACCCCCCAGGCUAAAGGUAGCUUAGCUUAACUACUUGCUUCCUAAAUAAUUAAUUCAUUUAAAGGAAUAUAUGCUUCUGUUUUAAAACAAUUCUCAUUUGGGUAUCAGCCUUUAAGUUACAGAAAGCUAACGGCUAAAAAAUCUGACAUUAAAAGAUUUUUCUGUGGUAAAGCCUUAUGCUACUGACUGAAGCUAAUAGGCUAACAGUUUUGUCUUUUUAAUUAUUUGUGGUGACUGUUAAGCUAAAUUCUUCAUUUCAUUUACUCUAUAUUUUUGAUUUAUAUAAUGCUUGUAUAUAUAUAUAUAUAU